AUGGAGGAUCGUGCUUCAAUCAUUUGGCAGAUUCGUGGGGUUAUGAGGGACUUCCUGGACUCAUAUCCCUCUUCAACACCGAUUCCACCAAUCAGGAUCGCUGGCGACACACCCAACAGCAUUCUUGAUCAGUCCGAGUUUAUGGCAUCAAUCGAACCAAUUGUCGCAGAAGUCAGAAGUGCCGUGGCUACUUGGCGCCCAGACACUGUAACUCGCUGGGUUGCUGCGAGCAAGUAUGAAGGUCGCACCUCGUUUUUCUUCCUCGACCUCAACAAUGUCGACUAUGACUAUGAUACUGCUCAUAAGUGUCUAACCAAGGUUCCUGUCUAUAUUCUUAGCCUAUCCAAAGCGCCCAGAAUUUUCAGAUUCUGCCUUGAAGACCAGGCGGUGGCAGAGUGGCUUGCGAAGAUGCAUGAUUUGCAUGCGGGAAAGCCACUACCUUUGCUUGACGACCGGACCAAGCCUCGUGUGUUGACUCUCCCCGUCAUCGAUACGCCUGAUAUUUCUUAA